UAACAGUACCCUUUAUGAGGCCCCACCAGUUCAAAAUUUCGGAUUUUCCUAUGGAGACAGUUCCUCCCUCCUUCCCCCUUUCCCUCCUUAAUCAACGAAACACUCACCGUCCGUCCUGACACCAAAGAUUUUCCCCUUUUUCAUCAUAUUUCGUUUUUUCUCGAUUAGGGUUUCGCUGAUUCUGAAGUUCUCCGUUAGUUCCGACCGACCUCCCACAUUUUCCGAGAAAAUUCCAGCCUUUCAGGGAGGGAGAGAGAGCCUGAUGAAAUUCUGAAUCAUAACUUUCUAUCUGGUUUGAUAAGAGAGAGAAUUUCACGAAUUGCAUGGAAUAAUUAGUAAACCUCCAGAGACGGAAAUGAAAUUCGACUAAAUCAGACUCCAAACAAUUUCUCUUAAUUUCGCGUGGUAGAAAUCCAUGGCGAUACCCGGUUUCUUUGAUUGAAAUACGUUUCUUGAGAGUCCUGGCGUAAUCAUGGAGGAAGAUAAGGAGGAAUUUUUUGAAAUUGAUGAACCAAUAAAGUCGGUAGAAAUCAAUAACGAUUUUGAGUUUGACGCGCCUCAGUUUUACGAAUUCAAUCGGCCGGAAACAGAUUGGGAGGCUGCAGAAGCCGAGCUCUGGUUUGUAUCGGCCGGGAAUUACCUGCCGUCACCUUUUGCAAUAAAGUUAAAGCAGAGAUGUGCUAUUGUUGGUGGGGGGUGUGUAAUCCCUUCUUCUGUGUAUGAUGGGGAAGGCGGAAGUGCGACUUUUACAAGUAAUGCUUCAGAAAUCAGAGAUGAACCUGAAGUUCCUGCAAUAGAUUAUGAUGAAAGAGGAGUAGCAGCAUCUAGUCACUUGGAUGCAAAGAGUAGUACUAGUGCUAAAACCAAGUCGAAGUCGCAGGUGAAGUCAUCUCUAUCAAGGAGUUCAACUUUGAUGAAACCCACAGCAAGCCAUUUGGCCAAGCAAAAUCAAUCUCGUGAAAUUCAUUUCGAACAACAGCUGAGAAGGUUUGAGAAGUUGGUAGCCAUGUUUGAUGAUAAGAGUUCAAAGUGUUCUUCCUUGAUUGAUGGUCAUCCACCUAAACGACAAAAGUUGGAAGCUGGUUACUUGAGCAAGGCUGCUCAUCUGAAGCAUCAAGUCAGUUUUGUGCAUAAGACAUCUAAAAAGGAUGGAUCCUUUGGUACCAGCCAUAGAGUUACAGUACCUAGAGAACCAGAGCUAGAAACAGCACGAAGGGCGCUGAGUCAUAGUUCAAAGAUUAAGGAAGAAUCGAAGGGGGAUUCAAAAGAUGCUCGAGUCUUUAAAGCACAGCCCUUAAACAGAAAAAUCCUUAAGGCUCCCACAUUAACCCUUCCCAAGAGGAGCAUACCACAGCUGCCACAUUUUCAGGAGUUUCAGCUGAGGACAUCAGAGAGAGCCAAGCAACAUGCCUCAAAUAAAGCAACAAAACUGCCUAACUAUGUUUCUACUUCACGAAAUGAAGUCAGAGACCCUAGAAGAUUAAACUCUUGCAUCGCUUUAAAGGAGAGACAUGAUGGUGGUCAUAAAGCUUGUCCCCUUAGUAAGAAGGGGUUCAAGUUACCAGCAGAUACAGGGCCUAUGCAUGAGCCACCAACAGAGUUAUUUAAUAAGCUCUCCCUGUCAUCUGAUGUCCAACCUGACGUAGAAUUGCGGUCAAGAAAGGUUCUCACUGAUAAGGCGAAUGCGCCAGGUUCAAUCCAACAAAGUGAGGAUGUUAAAGUUAGACCUUCUUGCUCUAAAAAUCAUGACAAUAGUGGUGACUGGUAUGCAACCAGCUAUAUGUAGUGUUAAAAGCAACUGGUUAAUGGUUAAGCAACUGUUUCAUUUUAAUUCUUUAGAAUAUAAUGAACCAGGUCAG